AUGGCGGAGCGGCUGUCGAACGUUAGAAUGUCGAUGCCUGAUGUGCAUCGGUUGAAAAGGUCGGCGUUCAGAGCUCUGUUGGUAGAAAGGUUGGUGCAGCGUGGCACAAAGGUCAAUGCUAUUUCCCAUAUACCCAGCGAUAAGGAGGGUUCCACAGUCACAGCCAGCUUCGAAGGCGACUCCAGUGCCACUGGUAAUCCGCUCGCCGGUGCAAUGUCCGCGAACACCUACUUGGCCCAGCAAAAAGCAGCAUUGCAGCCCCUUCCUAUCACCGGCUGUCGCGCAACCCUGACAUUCCCGGCGGAUAUCGCUGCACGAAAAGUAGUCGCUGAACCGCACGGCCAGGUCAACUUUCAAUCCGGCCCGAGUGUGUGCUUUCGUCCUAAGCGAACCGCUCAUGCUAUACCGGACCGCGAGCGGGCCGGAGACGUGGCGGUGGUGGCCGACGACGAUUUUUUCGGCGAGAAGGCAGCGAUUUCGUUGACACACGCAGCGUGGAACGAGAACGGCGAGCUCCUUUUUCGUUCGGCUCGCCUGAGGAUGCGGUCAUCUGGUCCGAGAGGCUUUCUCAAUGGCCGAGUGUUGGAUGGGGACAACAAGCAGGGGGUGUGA